UCAUUAUUUGGCAACCAGAGAAGCAACGGGCAGGGCCGAAAGGGGAUCCCCGGGAUUUUUACACCGAACUAAGGGGUAAAUAGUUACUCUCAACGCGUGGGAAAGUCUCGAGGGAAGCUACUGCACCAUCACUCCUCCGUGACAAGAUGUCGGAGGAGGCCGUGCGUCAGACUCGCAGUCAGAAGAGGGCGCUGGUGGAGAAGGAGACGGUUCCCUCGGAAGCCGAGCUGAAGCGCAUCAAGCUGGAGCACUCGGACCCACAGCAACAGCAGCAGCAGCAGGCCGGUGUCGGCCCGGCUCUGGGGCUGGGGCUUGGUUUGGGUCUGGCCGUGGGCCCAGGGGGUGAUGCCGCCGCGGCCGCCGCCGGGCUCCGACUAGGGACCACCAACAACGCCGUGGUGGCCGGUGCCCCCAAAGUGGGCAGCCUCCUCAAGGCCGGAGAGGUCAAGGCCACCAUCAAGGUGGAACUGCAGACCAGAGACAGAGGAGACGAGCCCGUGGACAUGAGCACGACCAAGAGUGAGAUCAAGAAAGAGAGGCCGCCAACGCCAGAUGAUGUCAUCGUGUUGUCAGACAACGAGCCCUCCAGUCCGCUGAUGAAUGGCCUGAGCCACAGCGUGAGGAAGACGGACACAGAGAUGCUCAUGAAGAGCAGUCCAGAGGAGCGUGAGCGCAUCAUCAAGCAGCUGAAGGAGGAGCUGCGUCUGCAGGAGGCCAAACUGGUGCUGCUCAAGAAACUCAGGCAGAGCCAGAUCCAGAAGGAGACCAGCACACAGAAGCCCAUCAAUUCAGUGGCCACUCCACCCCCGCUGGUCAGAGGCACUGUUCCCACCAGUAAAGGACAGCUGCAACCGGGAUCAGGCCGCAGCUCUGGCACCGUCAUUCCGCCGCCGCUGGUACGCGGAGGUCAACAGGUCAACUCCAAGAUGGGAUCCCAGAACACCCAGAUCGUCAUGCCGCCACUGGUCAGGGGAGCUCAGCAACCGAUCUCGGUGACUCCCCAGCAGAUCCAGACGCUGCGGCAGCAGCACCAGGCCCACGCGGCCGGCUCGGGCCCCCCUCCACUGCUGCUGGCGCCGCGCGCCUCCAUGCCCAAUGUGCAGGUGCAGGGCCAGAGGAUCAUCCAGCAGGGCCUCAUCCGCGUGGCCAACGUGCCCAACACCAACGUGCUGGUCAACAUCCCACAGGCCUCCUCGACCAACAUGAAGGGGGGCGCCGGCGUGACCAACAGCCAGUCCAACGCCUCCUCCUCGGUGGCGAACGUGAACGAGUCCCCCGCCAGCCGGCAGGCGGCCGCCAAGCUGGCACUGCGCAAGCAGCUGGAGAAGGCGCUGCUGGAGAUCCCGCCGCCCAAGCCGCCCGCGCCGCAGAUGAACUUCCUGCCCUCCGCCGCCAACAACGAGUUCAUCUACCUGGUGGGCCUGGAGGAGGUGGUGCAGAUGCUGCUCGACUCGCUGGGCAGAGGGAAGCCCCAAAGCAGCGCCAGCGGCAGUGCGACAGGCACCAAGGAGCCCUUCACCUGCACCCAGUGCCAGACCGACUUCACCUCCCGCUGGAGGCAGGACAAGGGCGGCGCCAUCAUGUGCGAGCAGUGCAUGUCGUCCAAUCAGAAGAAGGCUCUGAAGGCGGAGCACACCAGCCGUCUGAAGGCGGCGUUCGUCAAGGCGCUGCAGCAGGAGCAGGAGAUCGAGCAGCGCAUCAUGCAGCAGGCCGCCAACGCGUCGCCCGUCUCCUCCUCCAAACCCUCUUCCUCCCCCUCCACCAACACCUCCUCCUCCUCCUCCUCCCUCUCCUCCUCCCCCCACGUGGUCAAGGCGGAGCAGCACAUGAUGGUGUCCCCGCAGUACAAGCAGGUCCGCGCCCAGUCCCUGGUGCAGGCGCACGCCGCCAACCGCACGCCAGUCCAGUCGGGCCGACACCACUCCACCAUCAAGCAGAGUCCAGGCCAGCUCCACUCGGGCCAGGGUGUGGGCGGCCGUUCCAUGAGCCACACGUUCUCCCCGUCUGCCCAGCAGCUGCAGAGUGCGGUGGCGGCGGCCGCUCUGGUCAACAGGCCAGGUAAGCAUGGCAUGCGCGCAGCAGGGGCAAAGGUCAGCAGCAGCAGCAGCGGCGGAGGCGGCAGUGGCAGCCACGGCAGCCACACCCACACCAGCCACAGCCACUCCCACAGCCACAGCCACACCAGUCGAGGCAGCCCCAGCAACGCCCAACAAGCCUGGAAGAAGCAGAACUCAGCCCUCAGCGCAGCAGUCACCAUGGCCUACGUGAACCCCAGCCUGUCCGUGCACAAGAGCACCUCUGCUGUGGAGCGCCAGCGCGAGUACCUGCUGGACAUGAUCCCCUCCCGAUCCAUCUCCCAGACGGCCAACACCUGGAAGUAACGACCUCACCUAGUCAUCACCACCUCACCUGGCCACGUUACCGCGGGGCCUCAUCCUCAACUCCCUCUCCUCUCCUCUCCUCUCCUCUCCUCUCCUCUCCUCUCCUCUCCUCCCCUCUCCUCUCCUCCCCUCUCCUCUCCUCUCCUCUCCUCUCUCCUCUGGUCCUCCUCAUCCCUCCUCACCGCAGCCCCUCCUCACCACCUGGCCACAUCACAUCAUCGUGGCCCCUCAUCCUCAACUCCCUCUCCUCUCCUCCGGUCCUCCUCAUCCCCUCCUCCUCCCGCCUCCCAGUUUCCUCAUCCUCCUCCUUUUUUUUUCUUUAUUGGACACAAGAAUUUAUAGUAGUUAUAAUUGUAAUGAUUUAUCAACUUGAAAAAAAAAAAAAGAAAAGGAAAAGGAAAAAAAAAAAAAGACAA